AGUCUAGACUGAUGCGUCCCGUGCCCUUACUUCGCUUCUACAUGAUUCGAGCGUGUUCCCGUCCACGAUGAUCAUUCUACUUACUAAGUGCUUGUGCCGAUCAGCACAGGAUUGUCAGAAUACAAAGGCGCUUGAGAGUUGAUAUAAAGCGCCUUGAAAAAUCACGGUCACUUUCUCUCUCGAUCAUAUCUGCAUUCUUCCCAGUUAGUACAACACCCACAAUCCAAACUUGUCCCUUCGAGGCUCUACCUUCCGCUUACCCUUCAUAUACACCCGUUUCGAACCAAAAAAAUACUGGCAGACAGCGAACGCGGCAACGAUGCAGUUGACGUUCGUGACGGAUCUAGGCCAGACGUAUGCUGUUGAUAUCGACCCUGACAUGGAGCUUGAGAACGUGAUGGCUUUGCUAGAAGCAGAGUCGAGUAUACCCCCCGGCGAACAAAGCAUCUCGCAUAACGGGCGCGAACUUACAGAUCCAAAAGCUACCAUCCGGGCGCUUGGUGUGGGCGAGCAUGCUAUGCUCCUCUUACGCAGGCGUGUCAACGUGCCCGGGCCCGAAGGCAGGUGAGCACCUAAUCUUGUUCUCGGCCUUCAUUGUACGCACCCAUUGAUGGUCCUUUACAGACCCAUAGAACAAGAUGCAGAGAUGAUGAGACUGCAAAUCCUUGGAGAUCCGCAACUUAUGAGACAAUUACAAGAUACACUACCGGAAAUAGCUGCUGCUGCCCAAUCUAACCCCACACGUUUUGCAGAGCUCCUAAGCCAGCAACGUGACCGCGCACAGCAAGCUGAACUUGGUCGGCAGCGCGAGAUUGCAGCUCUCAAUGCUGACCCCUUCGAUGUGGAGGCGCAGCGUCGUAUCGAAGAAGCUAUCCGUAAUCAGGCAGUUAUGGAAAACAUGGAGCAUGCACUUGAAUAUUCCCCGGAGGCGUUUGGGCGGGUGACGAUGCUUUA